UGAGAGAGGAACACGAACACCGAUCCCCACUCCACCCCGGAGAAAGAUCCGAUCCGGAUCGGAGCACACGCAUCGUCGUCUCCGCUCGGACUCGCCAUUUCCAUAUCCAUCUCACACUCUCCUCACCUGCACGCAUUCGUAGCAACCUUCCCAUCUCACAUCCGCCAAGUGAGUACAACCACUCCGCCAGGGGAGUUCCCACCCAGGAACGGAACCCAGAGCAGGUGCCAAGCCAUGACGACCACCACAAUCGCCAACCUCGCCGGCGCCUCCCCGCUGCCCACCUUCGCGCCCAGGCCCAGGUCCAGGCCCAAUUCGGUGAGCCCAUGCCCGGCUGCGCCCGCUGCGCCUCGCCGGCUCGCCGUCGCGGCGCCCCCUCGGGCGUUCUUCUCCAGGGAGCCGUACCAGCCGCAGCUGCCGGAGCCGGCGGGGUACUCCUCCACCCAGGCGUACGGGCUCGUGCCCAUGGUCGUCGAGACCACCUCCCGCGGGGAGCGGGCCUACGACAUCUUCUCGCGCCUGCUCAAGGAGCGCAUCGUCUGCAUCCACGGGCCCAUCGCCGACGACACGGCGUCGCUCGUCGUCGCGCAGCUGCUCUUCCUCGAGUCGGAGAACCCGCUCAAGCCCAUCAGCCUCUACAUCAACUCCCCGGGCGGCGUCGUCACCGCGGGCCUCGCGAUCUACGACACCAUGCAGUACAUCCGGUGCCCCGUCAACACCAUCUGCAUCGGACAGGCCGCCUCCAUGGGGUCGCUCCUGCUCGCCGCCGGCGCGCGCGGGGAGAGGCGGGCGCUGCCCAACGCCAGGAUCAUGAUCCACCAGCCCUCGGGUGGGGCGCAGGGCCAGGCCACCGACAUCGCCAUCCAGGCCAAGGAAAUCCUCAAGCUGCGCGACCGCCUCAACAAGAUCUACGCCAAGCACACGGGCCAGAAGAUCGACAAAAUCGAGGACUGCGUGGAGCGUGAUCUCUUCAUGGACCCCCAGGAGGCCCUCGAAUGGGGGCUUAUAGACGAGGUCAUUGAGAACCGCCCAGCUUCCCUCAUGCCUGAGGGCCUCAGCGCCGUUGACCCGCCUCACCACGGUGGGGGUGGCGGCGGCAACGGACGUGACAGGGACAUGGAGGAGCCCUCGGCUGUAUAAGGGGUGGCCGCAGAGGUGAAAACCUUUUUCUGAAUCCGGGAACUAUGUUGUUUGUUGUUAGAUCUAUGUUUUGAUUCCUAAUACAGCAACAGGUUAACUGUGUUAUCGCCCAUGUUGUUUCAAUUGCCUGAAUUGAGCUAUUGCUGAUAUUUAUUGCAACUCGUAAAGUGAACUGCAAUCAUUUGAUACUGACGAA